AUGCAUUCAGCAAAAUUAUCAUCAUCUUCCACAACUAAAUCAUCAUCAUCAACAACAACAACAACAAAUAUUGGACAAUAUCAUUAUCCACCUAUAUCAACACUUCGUCGUGCAAGUCGACCAAGUAAUAUUGAUUUAUCUAUAUUAGAUCAUAAUAAUAUACAAUCAUCAUCAAAUGAUCCUGGAAUAUAUUCAGCACCAAUAUUUUAUAUAAAACAAACCAAUAAUAAUCAUCAUCAUCAACAACAACAACAACAACAUAUUCCACAAACAUCUCAACCUUAUACAGCUACAAUUCAAUUUCAACCUCAACAACAUUUACAAUUAUCUCCACAUCAUCAUUCACAACAACAACAACAUAAUAUACAUUUAUUUCAACCACAACAACAACAAAUAGCUGAUCCAUUUUCUGAUCAUCAACAUACACCUCAUACAUUUCCAUUACAAACUUCACCAAAUCAUUAUCAUCAAUAUUUUUAUUUUCCACCAUCAACAUUACAAGUUAAUAUGACAAGUAAUGGUCAUCAAUCAACAAAUACAAGUCAACCAUCAACACCAACACAUAAUAAUCAUUUACGUUCCGUACAAAUUCAAGACUCACAACAGCAACAAUGGUCAAAUCCUGUACUUAGUUCAUUAAUGGUUAAACGUAUGAAUGAAAAUCCUGGAUCAAUACAAAUAGAUGAUGAUGAAGAUCCAUCAGCUUCAAUUGAUGCUCUUGUUGCUGAUGUUGAUUCAAAUUCUCAUGAUUUACUUGAUGAUGAACAAAAUAAAUCUAUGAAUCAAUCAAAAACUUCAUCAACAAUUCCAUCAGGUACAAUAUCACCAUCAUCACAUUUAUAUCUUCGUAGUAAAUCACAUAUAUUAACAACUCCACCUAAUCCACUUGCAUCUGAUGAUCAUCCUGAUAAUCAAUUAACAGUUGGUAAUAAUUAUCAAAAAACUUUUAGUCCUAUACCAAGUGCUGGUUUUGAAUUAACAACAACAACAACAACAACUAAUAAUAAUAAUAAUAAUACUAAAGGAACAUCACGUUUUAAUUUUGAUACAAAUAUUCUUGAACAAAAAGAAUUACAAAAUCAACAUAAUGAAAAUUUAAUUGAUGAUAAUGAAGAAAAUAAUCAUGAUUUAAUAACUAAACCACAUAUUAUAAAUACAGAUAUUCGAACAAAUAGAAUAUCUUCAAAUAGUUUAAUACAAGAUGAUAAUAGUAAUCAUAGUUCAACAAAUAGUAGUUCUCAACAUACAUCAUCAAGAAUUUUUGAACAGCAAAUAUUAUCUUCAUCAUCACCACUUUCAAAUGAUAUUAAAUUAUCAUCAUUAGAUCAUGAUAAUAAUCAAACAAAUAUUAAUUCAAUAUCAUUACAACAACAACAGAAUCGACAUUUUUGUACACAUCCAGAUUGCAAUAAAACAUUCACUAAUAAAAGUGCUUUAGCAAAACAUAAACUAACUCACAGUCAAGAUCGUAAACAUAUAUGUCCAAAAUGUAAUAAAGGUUUCAAACGACUUGACCAUCUUAAUGGUCAUAUGUUAACACAUGAAGAAGAAAAACCACAUAAAUGUCGUGUACCAAAUUGUAAUCGUACAUAUUGUGAUGCACGUUCAUUAAAACGACAUAUUGAAAAUACACAUCAAGAUAUUUUAGCUGCGAUACAUGAAGGUGAACAUGAUGAAUAUAAACAAUUUUUACCUGAAACAGCAUUUGUUAAAGCAAAAGAUUUAUCAAUACAUAGUGAAUUUUCAAUUGAUUCUGUUGAUAGUAAUUCACCACGAUCAAUAAUUGAUAAUGAACAAUCGUUUAAUAUUCGAACAUCAACUGGAACUAAAACUAUGACAACUUAUACAUUUGAUGAAGAAAAAUGUGUUGAAUGUCAAAUUUGUAAGAAAUCAUUUAAAAAUGGUGCUGCACUUAAUGGUCAUAUGCGUUUACAUGGUGGAUUUAAUGAAAAGCCAACAUUAUCUAUCACUGAUAAUACAGAAAAAAAGAAACGAACAACAACAACAAUAAAACGAAAACGUACUGAAUCUCCAUCAGUAUCUAUAAAAAUAAAAAAAGAAGAACAAGAUCCAUUAAUGUUUUCAUCAACAAAUAAUUUAUAUCAACAACAAUCAUCAUGUCCAAAUGUUAUUCCAAAACAUUUAUAUGAUCAAACAUUAUUAUCUCCUGCACGCCCAUCAUCAUCAUCAUCAUCGUCUAGUAUUCCAAUUUUACCAACAACAUUUUCUCAAUUUACAAAUAAAAAUCCGUUGAUUGUACAACAAUUACCAACAAAACAAAAUCGAAAAUCAACUCCAUUACCUACACAUGUUAAUCAUUCAUCUCGAAUAAAUAUUCCAAAUGUAAUGAUACAACGUAAUCCGGUGACAAAUUCACAAAUAUUUCUAAAUACAUCAUCACCAUUACAAUCAUAUGAUGAAAAAUUUAAAGAAUCAUCAUCAUCAACUGAGAAUUAUGCUCCACAUGUACAGACGAAUGGAAUACCUUUAUCUCAAACAUAUCUUCAAUUAUCACCUUAUCAAUCUCCAUCACAUAUUUCACAAUAUUCAAUGAAUUCAUCAUUACCAUCAUCAAUUCCAACAAAUCCAAUACCAUCAAGUCUAUUAUAUCGUUUACUUCCACAUGUUGAAAGAUUUAAACCAGAUCAUUGUCUUCAACCACAAAUAUCUUCAUCAUUAAAUGAAUCUAUUCAUUAUACAUCAUCAUCAAAUUUUGCUCAUUUACCUGUACCAAAUUCGACUUCAUUAAUUAUAAAUACACCGGUAACAUCACCAUAUUCAAAUCAAAAUCCUAGUCAUAAUUCACCAAUAUCUCCAGGCCAAAAGUGCAAUAAAGAUAAUAAUAAUUGUAUGCAACUAUCACCAACAACACAUUCAACAUCUUCAUCAUGUUCAUCUUUAUCACCAUUAAAUAUUAAUACAUCACAAAAACAAAUUGAAAAUACAAUGAAACAAGAUAAUAAACUACAAAUAAAUAUCGAAAAUGAAACAU